AUGACUUCCGGAACGAUGCCUCACAGCAAUCGAGUCUGGGCUGAGGGCCAGUGUCUUUAUUCUGACACCUACCUGGCCAAGCUGCUGGAGGGAAUGGGGAACCUGCGCUCGCAGAACGCCCUGUGUGAUGUCACGCUGGAGGCGGGGGGAGCCUCUUUCCCUGUCCACAAAGUCAUCCUGGCUUCUGUCAGCAGCUAUUGCAAAAUGUACUUUCUCAGGGAUGCCAGCAGCCAAGAAGCCAACAUCAAACUGGCAUCAGUCACGGCACGAGGGCUCGGUAACAUUUUGGAUUUCAUCUACUCUAACAAGCUGAAGCUGACCCUUCAGAACGUCGAGGAAACCUUCAAGGCAGCAGAAGCACUGUUGGUCCGGGAGGUGAUCCUUCUAUGCUAUCGCUUUUUGGAGGAAGGUUUGAAUCAACACACCUGCCUGGACAUCUUCAACAUUGCAAAAAGGCUUGGCCCGGAAGGACUGCAGCAGAAAGCCAGAAGCUGUGUGGGGCAACACUGCUGUCAGAUCCUGAGAGAUCCACUACGGCUGAAAAAGCUCGAUGGGGAUACUCUACGGGAGAUCUUGGAGGGAGCAGACACCCAGGCCCUCAGUGAACUGGAACUGUUCCAUGCAGCUGUGUACUGGAUACACCAUAACAGUACGCACCCGAGAGAUGCUGCCAACAUAUUAGGGUACAUACGGUUUCCCCUUAUCCCUCUGUGUGAUCUGCAGAAAGCCGUCUGGGAAACACCCAUCAUGAAGACUGAGCCUACCUGCCACCGGUACCUACAGGAGGCCCUGGAUUAUCACUCCCAGCUGUAUGCUCAGCCAACCCUCCAGACCCAGCGUACAAGGGUCCGUGCUAGCACAGAUACGCUGCUCGUCCUUGGAGGCAGAACGGCAGACAAUGCAGUCUGCGGAGGAGUAUGGGCUGCCGAUCAGAGCUGGCAUUUGUGGGAAAAGAUAGGAGACCUCUGUAGUCCUGUCUACAACCAUUGUGUUGCAGUGAUCCAAAACUUUGUCUUUGUGAUGGGGGGACAGGGCAAGUUUGACCCUGCGGGACAACAUCCAUCAAAUGAGGUGUUCAGGUUUGACCCCCAUCAUAAUUCGUGGCUCCAAGUAGCAAGCAUGCUGGACCGACGGACUCGCUUCCACGCAGGUGUGCUGAAUGACCGUCUUGUGGCUGUUGGGGGAGGAGCACUGCUAGGGACACUCACCAAUGCGGCGGAGGAGUACUGGCCUGCCCAGAAUGAGUGGCGGCCCAUCACACCCUUCCCAAUGCCUGUGGCGGACCACGCAGGAGCAACCCACAAGGGGAUCCUCUAUGUUUCAGGUGGCUUCUCCGCUGGCAAAACCUCCCGUGACACGUACAGCUACCUUUCCCGGCUGCGUCGCUGGAUUCGGAACCGGCCGAUGACCUUUGCCCGGUGUGACCAUGGAAUGGCAACAGUGGAAAACAGAAUUUUUUGCAUUGGAGGAAGGACGCUAAACAAUGAGGAGGACUGGAUUCCAGUCAAUGAGACGGAGUCUUACUGCCCGGUCACCGAUCAGUGGACCCUGCUCAACCUCUCGCCCUUUGAUCGUUGCCAGUUUGGCCUGGCUGCACACCAGUCUCAACUCUACAUCACAGGCGGUGGGUCCCUGCGACACAGGAAUAAAGACGACGGUGUCUUUGUCUGCAACCCUAGCAGAAGGGCGUGGGAGAAGGCCGGUUCCUUGCCCCAGGCACUGGUGGAUCACGCCUGCUGCUUUGUUCGGUUGUCUCAUUGCCCCGAGGACAAGCAGCAGCAGAAGGAAGCAGACCCUGCAGCCGCCAGCAAGAAGAAAUCCACCCUCAGCCUUUUCAUCACCAACAAGAACGUUUCUUAG